AUGACCAUUUAUGCGGCCUCGUACUUUGUCAUGCUUCUCGACCUCGCCGAGGGCUUGAUCACGACGAUGUACUUCGAUGAAGACACGCAUGGAUACUUCUUCUUGCUUUUCUUCUGGCUGCUAUGGAACCUGCUGAAUGGCUUGGCCGACUUCACCUUCGAGUGCAAGGAAUGCGAGUGGUUGAAUUGCAUCUUGCAUAGUCUGGCAGAAGCUGGACAGUGUGCGCUGUUCAUCUAUUUCUGCGAAGGAGGUUCUGGCGUGGAAAUUCCACUGAUAUGCAUCGCCUCGGUUCAGAUCUUGGUGAAAUUGAUUGCAACAGUGGUUGAACAUCGCCGGGGCAAAGACCCGAGUAAAAGCCAGAGGCCAUGGCAGGAUGGAGGUGCCAUUGGGACUUUCAAUUAUGAUGGUCAACCUGUUGAAGUCAGACAAAAAGUCCGGGGCGCGUCAGAGAAUGAGAAGAAGUGUUGUUUCGCCUUCGGAGGCCUGGCAGCUAGCACUUUGCUUGAGUUGUUUGUGGCCCUACCUACACUCUGGUUGCAAUUUGAGUCGCCCUUCCGGGCCAAGUGGUUCGAAGUGGUGUUGUGCGUGCAAUUCUGGUCUACGCAAGUCUUUCAGGAAGAAUACAAGCGAAAGGUCUUUGACGGGGCCUCUCAGAAAGCAUUCAACCGGAACGCACUGUGGAAGGCCACUCUUGAUGCACUCUUCGUGACCCUGUGUUAUGGAAUGGCACUCAGCUGGGGUUGGUCAGAUGAGCUAACUGCAAAGUAUGACCGCAUUUACACAACCCUGGGUUCAUCAAUUCUUUCCCCUAUCUUGCUAUUCGAGUGGCUAAUGGUCGUGAGUGCAGUGCGAAACAUGUUUCUGCCUCCUGCGAGUGGCAGGGUGAUUAGAUGCCAAGCAACCGAUCAGUUCCCUGUCUUUCGAGUGGAGCAUUGGCUCAGGUUCGUGUUCGUCGGCUGUAUGCUCUAUGGUGGCUGCCUUCUGGCGCUCUGCAUGCCACCUUCAGCCUUGUCGGGGCCUGCCACGGGCGCCUGGUUCGGGUGUUUCUACAUCCUCUUCUUCCUGACGGAUACGAUCACCUCGAUCCCUCACAAUGCUCUUGGGCAGGAGAUCACCUCGGACACCGACCAGAGGCGUCUCGUGUUCAUGGUGGCGAAGAUCUUCCAGGCGAUUCACCGCCUGCCCUUCCCCGCCAGGGAGUUUUUCACCUACCAGUUUGAGCUUUGGCAGGGGGGAGACGCGGGAGAGCUCACCAUCGACGCCAUCCGCGAAGUUAUCAAAGGUGAGCUCAGAGAUGACAGAAGAGAGUUCAAAUCUGAGUUCAUGGGCGAAGUAAAGGCGGAAAUCCACCACACCAUGGAAAGGGUGGAACAAGUGGAGUCCAGCGUCACCACCCAAUUGUCCGACACGCUCAAGCUGCUGCACAACCUCACCGAGAAGUACUCCACCCAUGAAGAAUCACUGAAAAGGUUGGGAGACGCGCAGGUUCGACAAGAAGCGAGCUUACAAUCCAUUGCCAACGACAAUGCAGCCCUGAACACCCGUAUCGCCCUGCUGGAAGGCAAGUUUGGGAGAUGGCAAGAGACUGCGAGCCGAGGGAGUGUCUCCUCCUCCACCAACCUCUCCACAGACAGCUCCGACAUGGGGAGGAAACCUGCCCUUAUCCUGGGAGGGUGGCCCGAAGACACCCCUGCAGCGGAGACGUUGGAAAAAGCACAACAGGCGGCGGCCACCUUGCAGUUAGAAGUGAACAUGAGGGACGCCUUCGUGCCCGGAGUGAGACGGGGAUAUGCCAUCAUCCCGCUUCCACAAGAACCGCAUGACCAGAACGUCCGUGAACAAGUCCGCAGAGCAUUGAAGAAGGUCCGAGAUGCACACGUCACUCUGGGGGAGAGGCCCGAUGGAACACCCCAACGCAUGUGGAUGGCGAUGUCACAAAGCCCCACCCGCCGGGCGAAAGCACGCCUGGCCGGAAGAGUGAAACGCCUUGCACUUGAACUGGGAGCCAGCUUCACGAGCGUAGAGGCCGAGUUCGCCACGGGGACUAUCUGGAUUCAAGGGCAUCGAGUUUGCUCCACCUCCACACAACCCAAGCCAGGCACCACACCUGCAGGACUUGGGUGGAUUGACAUCCCCGCCAUCUCGCGCCUGGUCAGCAAAGAAGAGAAGGAAGUGGAGGAGCACUGGGGCAGCCUAACACCGCAACAGGUUCUGGACCUCACCACCACGAUCACCGAGAUCGAAUCUCUAAGAGAUACUCGCAUCUUGAUGAUACAGGAAGUGAUUUGUGAAGCUGGAAUUCAUAUGGAAGAAAAACCGCCUUGGGUCGUCUUUUAUGGGAAGUGCAUGAACGAAUGGAGAGGCGAGAACGGACAAUCGAUGCUAGGCCUCGACGCCAAUGAGUCGUUCAAGGAAGGGGACACUGGUCUCUUAGCGCGGAGUGGACGAGGCAAUGCCGUCCUGGACUGGGCGACACAACAAAAGUUCAGAUGGCCACCGCAACACACGACUGAGCCCUCGCACUACCCCUACAACCACGACAUGGCCCCCCGACGCCUCGACUACCUGGCCACGAAAGGUGGGUACAUGUCAGAAGCGCAUGUCGGUGAGCUUCGUGAUAUCGCCAGAUCCGACCACGAGCCCAUCAUAGCGAACAUCCCCUCCUUCAAGCGCAAGACUCGCAUCCACAAAUCAUGGGGGGCCCGCGCCCUACGAGAUCCGGAUCAGAUUUUGGCAGCCGAGGCGGAGGAACCUCAAGGUCACACUCUCCACGAACGCAUCAAAAACAUCUCCCAGGCCAUCACCAUGCCCCUGCCCCCUACGGCCUCGUUCCAAGAAAGUGCAGCGCUCAAAGAUCUGCGUGCCAAAGCGCAUGGCACCCCUCCAGGAGCAGGCCGGAAACAGGCAUGGAAAGAGGUCCCGAAAGUCCACAAAAUGGAGCACAGACAAUGGGAGAAGAACCUCAUCGAAGCCGCCAGCAAGAUGGACUGGAAAGCCAUGCGAGCCAUCGACCACCUCAACAAACCACGCAACUGGGAGUUCCAUCUACUAGACUCACUAAACUGGCAACAAGACCUACGUGACCACUUCGCCAGCAUCUUCCGCAAAUCCCCUUCGAGCCAACCAGACCUUCAACUUGCAGCUAUUCGUCACAAAAUCCGCUCACGUUGCAAAGUCACCCCGUGGAGACCCUUUGAGAUCGCCGAGAUGCAAGAAGUCACGUUAAAAUGGGAACCUCGCAAAGCCACCGGGCCAGAUGGCAUCUCGCAUGAGGCCAUCCGUCACCUGCUCACACAUCCGACUUGGUCCGUCACACUCAAGGACCUCUUGGACGACGCCCUCUACAUGGGGAAAUUUCCCUCCAACAUUGCGGACGGCAUCACAGUCCUAUUACCGAAGAAACUUCAGCCGGAGGAGUGGAGUGACACACGCCCAAUCACCCUCAGCAGCACGCUCCUCAAAUGGGCGGCACAGCUUCUCCUCCUACGGGGAGGGAGCUAUCUCACCCGCAACCCAUGCCAGUUUGCAGCCCCCCAUCGACAGUCCACCGAACUGAUAUACGUCUUACGAAGGGUGGUCAGGAUGUCGAAGGACUGGGGCGAGACCACCUUCAUCGUCAAGUUGGACAUCCAAAAAGCAUUUGACUCGGUCUCCCAACCCGCGAUGGCCGACAUAGUCUACCGGAAGAUCGCUGUAGAAGCCCAACUCCCCUGGGAAGCCAACCUAUGGAUUGACAUCAUCCAAGCCCGUGAACUGCACAUUGCAGUGGGUGACGCCAUCACCAUCGUGGCCCAAUCCAAUGGAGUGCGCCAGGGCUCUCCGGACUCACCGGUGUUGUUCGCCGACCUCGUAGGGGAAGUCCUUGAGGACACGCUGCAAGAAGCCGGCCCCCCACCACAGACGCCACCCUCACCGAUGCAGGGCGCAGGCUUCAUGGAUGAUACAUACCUUUGGAGCAAUUCACAAGCCCACCUACAACGACUUCUCACCAUCCUCGACAGCAAGCUCCGACUCAGAGGCCUCCGCAUCCACCCGAAGAAGACAGGGAUUAUAGCCAGCCAUCCGGAGGGCACAGGCACACCUUUCCGAAUUGGCGGGGAAACAGUACUGGCCAAAGACCCGUCUCACAUCCUCAACGCCCUCGGCUCCCCCCUCGCCUUUGACAACGGCACGACGGCCUUGGCAGCAGAGAUGCACAACAGAGCCAGAAAAACAUUCCACCUCCGCAAGAAGGUGCUGUGCGCAGACACCCCCAUUCGCCCACGCCUCAUUCUCCACAACACCUACGUGCGAAGCUCAGCCCUCUGGGCAUGUGGGACAUGGCCCCCACAGGAAUGCUUGUUGAAACAAGCCAACUCGCUCCAACUCACCCAAACACGCAACAUGCUUGGCAAAAAGCGCCUAGCGGGGGAAGCUUGGACAGACUGGAACACCAGGACUCUUCGCACAGCUCGAACAACCCUCCACAAGGAGGGGAUCACCCGAUGGUCCACUUUCAUCCUGAGGCAACUAUGGGGGCUCAAUGGUCACAUAGCGCGCGGCCCGGUGUGCCUUCAAAACAUGCUUCGAUGGAAGGCCAUCAGCUGGUGGAGACAAGAGCAGCAACAGAAACACGGAGCUCGGCAUGCCCACCGUUUCAAUCCGCACCUUGACAUUGAAAGGCACCUAGUGGCGGUGGCAGGUCUCGAAUGGAUCUCAGCGGCCCACAACCGCACCCUAUGGGAGAGCAUGAGCCACACCUUCAUUGCGAGGCACGACCCACCAUGGACCACGGGAAGGCAAACAGCCAUCCACAACCUUGCGACCAAUAGAACGCCCCCCUUCCUCCUCUACCACACCUACGUCCUCGGGAACACCGCCUACGCCAACAGUGGACCAAUCCACUCCGACGACAACGCCCUCCACGACCGCUUCAAGAUCCACAGCCUUGACGCCGCUCCCUUCUACCACAUCAGCGUCCCCGAGUACACCAACAACACCAAUGGCUACUUCCACUGCCUCGACGACGCCCCUGGACUCCCAGACAGCAUCAACAACCCCCCCUUCUACCGCACCUGCAUCAACGACAUCGUCGACAACGCCAACGGCAGAGCGACCCACUCCGAGGACGACACCGGCUUCAACCACACCGACGUCCCCGACUACACCAACAAUGGCACCAGCUACCUCCACCCCUUUGACGACGUCCUGGACCCCUUGGAUGGCAUCCACAACUUCAACAACGUCCUCAACGUCCUCGACGACACCCACGACAACACCGGCUACCUCGCCCACCCCGACAACAUCACCGCCUGCGUCGACGACACCCACAACUCCGACAACGUCCCCAACGUCCCCGACGACGCCCACAACAACACCGGCUACCUCCUCCACCUCGACAACAUCACCGCCUACAUCUGCCAGCCCAACGUCGACAACGUCCUCGUCUACACCAACGACAACACCGACUACCCCCUCCACCUCGACGACACCAACAGCUACAUCUACCGGCUCACCAACGUCGUCCUCUCCUACCCCAACACUGUCACCUCAACACACUCCAUCUUCGGCGGCGACCGACGGGACUACAUCCAACACACCAUCGGCUACGACAACCUUGGUUGCAACGUACGGGACCACAUCCACGACACCAUCAACUACACCUGCACCUAA